AGCAGACUCCGCGAAACAGCAGCUCCGUCACUAAUCCAGACGUACAUACAUAACUUUAGGUAAAUGCGCCAACGGCCAGUCCCUUUCUGCGUUGUUCUUUGCGGUUAUUGUGAAUGGAGUGACCGACUUGAAGGAGGCAGAGAAUAGCAGAUCCUGGUCGAUCCACCCAGUUUUCCGCUGCCGUCGCUGCGAUGCCGACACGGAUGGAGGGAUGAGCAGCAGCCCAGACUGUUGCGGUAUGUAUGUGGAUCAAAUCGGGCUCUUUGAGGACUGCGAUGCAUACUUAAAGCGCACAGCUCUUCCCCCAGGGGUUAUGGUAACCUGUGAUCGAGGAGUCUACAAGCUGAUCGAUGGCCAGGUUGAGCUUUAAACUUAUUUGAUAACGGAGAAAAUGUACACACGCAAUGCGUGCUUCAUAACGUCUGAAGGUCUGAAGGCAGCCUUGGAAUUUCCUGGAGUGCAUCGGCUUUACUCGGAAUCAAGCUCUAGAUAUAUAUUGCAAGGAACAUAGUAGUAGAACAUAUAAGAGCGAGCGACAAAGUGCUAUACCUGCUUUUGUAUGAUACUUUUAAUCUCUGGUAUAUGUAUGCGAAACGUUCUAUUUGUGCUCACUCAAAGGCGUGUUGAUGGGGGGAAGGUCGAUACUCUAAGUGCAUGGCUGCUCUCCGAGUCGUUGGUUCUGUUUACGCACAGCGUCAAUAACUUUCGCCUGUCGUCUGAAAUGGUCAACAAAGCCACUUAUCGCACAAGCCUAAGCAGCUACGUACAGAACACCUUUAAAAAGAUCUUCAAGGAAGCCAAGGCCAUGGAGUCGUCCACUCAAGGCAGGCUGGACCUCCUACGCAGCGUCACUGGGGUACCCACAAAAAAGGAGAUCAAAAAACUAUUGAAAACUAGUGGAGUUGGUGGCCGCAUUUCGGGUGAACCGAAACUACCCGCUGAACCUACUAAGGUGCCACCAAAUCUGCUGCAGAUCCGUUCAAUCAACAUUAAUGGUCAGGACAUCAAAUUGGCCGACUACGGAGAAGUUAUCAUUGCUAACAUCUCAAGCGCUGAGAGCUUCGAGGAUCUAAUCACCAGUAUGGCCGAGCNAGUGGAGUUGGUGGCCGCAUUUCGGAUCCGUUCAAUCAACAUUAAUGGUCAGGACAUCAAAUUGGCCGACUACGGAGAAGUUAUCAUUGCUAACAUCUCAAGCGCUGAGAGCUUCGAGGAUCUAAUCACUAGUAUGGCCGAGCACUGGAAGCUAAACAUGUACAAGCUGAUGCUCCGAAUGACGCAGACCUUUGUGGAAAGCACCAAAAAGGAGUUUUGGCUGAAGUACCACCUACCCACGGAAUCGGUGCUCUAUCAGAUCAUUCGACAAACACUGAAACUCCAUGCGAGCUAUGCGCUAUUCUGA